AUGAAAGCAAUAGCAGUCCAUGGAAGGAAAGCAACCCUCGUCGAAGAUCGCUCCGUUCCUGCUCUUCGCGAUGGUUUCGUGCUCAUCAAGGUCGCGGCGGUUGCUCUCAACCCGACAGACUGGAAGCAUCUUGAAUACAACUUAGUGGACGAUGGAUGCUUGAUUGGUUGCGAUUUUGCUGGUCAAGUUGUUGAAAUCGGUGAAGGCGUUAGAAAAGACCUGUCCAGGGGCGAUCGUGUGGCGGGAGUAGCGCACGGAGGGAACUGUGUAGAACCCCAAGAUGGGGCAUUUGCAGAAUAUAUAGUGGCAAAAGGGGAUCUCUUGAUAAAGAUUCCUGGGAGCAUGGGUUUUGAAGAGGCUGCAACUCUACCACUUGGGGUAGGAACGGUCAUGCAGGGAUUGUAUCAGAAGGGAUUGGUGAUGAAUUUGCCGGAUGCACCGGCCAAGGAGAAGUCCUUCGUGUUGAUAUAUGGUGGAGCAACCGCAACUGGAGCUCUCGGUAUUCAAUAUGCUAAGCUGUCUGGGUAUACAGUUCUCACAACAUGCUCACCAAGGAGCUCAGAGUAUGUCAAAGCACUAGGGGCUGAUGAGGUUUUCGACUAUAACGAUGCCGAUGUGGGGUUGAAAAUUCGUGGUUAUACGAACGAUCGCCUGCUUCUAGUUUGGGAUAUCAUUAGCACCGAAGCAUCAGCUCAAAUUUGCGCAAAAGCGCUCUCUUCGGGUUCCAAAAGCUGUAAGUAUGCAUCCUUUUUAGGGAAUUGCAGCCCCAGAGACGAAGUUGAGAGCAUCGGGACCAACUUGUACACUAUUUGGGGAGAGGACUUUCGAUCCGGAUGCACUGAGUGGCCCGCUGUUAGGGAAGAUUUCGAAUGGGGCACGAAAUUUAUGGAGCUGACGGAGAGGCUUCUUGCUAAAGGGCAGCUGAAACCUCACAAGUGUACGGUGAGGGAGGGUGGUCUGAAUGGGGUAUUGCAAGGUUUGGAAGAUUUGAAGAACAACAAAGUGAGCGCCGAAAAAUUGGUUUAUCAGAUUGUUGAAGACUGA